GACACUCUAUUCAUCUCUAUCUAUCUUGUAGUAUGAGAACUUUGUUGCUUUGUUGAUUUUCACAACUCAUUUUUCAAACAGUUUUUCCUAUUGAGUGUGGAGGUUCAGAUCGUCUGUAGGACCGUAAUAUUGAAAGAACUUGAAUUAAUAACUAAUAACUGCUUACGAUAAUAAUUAAUAAUUGCUAAUACUAAAGAUAACCUGUCUCUGCACAUGAAUAGUGUAUUUUAUUCUGAUAUAACUGAUACUGUUAUGUGUUGAUAAUGGCGACUGUAAAUAGGAUAAAUGACUUAAAAUUAAUACAACUUGUGAAAGAACAUGAACUAUUAUACAAUUCUUCUGCUGAGAAUUAUGGAUCUAACGCCGCACGAAGUGAUGUAUGGAAAGAAAUUGCGAGGAUUAUGGGAUUACCAACUUCACGAUGUAAAAGGAGAUGGAUUAUUAUUAAAGAUCAAUAUCUAAGAUUUUUACGGAGGAAACCAACAGUAAGAAAAAAACGGUCUUCAAAACCAUAUCAGUAUCAAUUUGAAAUGGAUUUCUUAAAGCCACAUUUGAAGCAAACAUCAUUAUAUGGAUGGUUACCAGAAUUUUAUACUCACGAUGUGCGAAGAUCGCCUCGAAUUUCAGAUACGAUAAUAGAAAAUGCCAAUUUAAACAACACCAAUAAUAGAAAAUCAAGAUCUGAAUCGAUAUCUGUAAUCACUUUACCAUCGAAUUCUCUUCCAACUCAACUUUCAAAUUCAAAUUCAAAGAACGCAUAUGAGAAACCUCGUAUAAUCGGAUCUUCAUCCCUCGUAAUGGAAUAUGCAAAUGAUAAACAAUGUGAAACUCGUGAUGUUCUAACGAAAUACUUCGAAACUGUAGCUGAAACAGUUCGAGAAUUUCCACCAACGUUACAAGUGAAAGUAAAAUCAGAAAUAUCAAAGAUAGUUCAUCAAGCUGAAAUGGAAUAUAUUCAUCAAAUUCAACUACAACCAUAUGGACAAUUGAUAAACAGUUUUCCAGAACCCGAGCAAAUGCCUUUUAAUAACGUUAUGAAUUCGCAAUACACAAUCGAACAUGCUUUAACAAAAAUUGAACAUCCCGGAUGAAGAUCGUCGCUAAAUGUUUUAUUGAAAUAAUGAGUCUAUAAUAAAUUGAGAAGAUUCAUAAUCUUCAUCAACAAUUUGCGUUUCUUGACAAGUUUGGAAUUGUAAUUAUAUAUCGUUGAUAAUGAAAAGUUAUCCAGUUAAAUAUAUAUAAUAUAAUAUAUAUUUAUUUUAUAUAUAUGUUUAACUGGAUAACUUUUCAUUACCAACGAUAUAUAAUUUAUAUUAUAAAUAAAUAAAUAAAGUAAAUAUUAUAAAUAAUACAUAUAUAUAGCAUUUUGAAAGCAUUUAUUUAAUAAGUAAUAGCAUGUUAAACAGAAAUUAAAGUUCUAGGAUUCUUAUGAUGAGGAGAAACAUAGGAUAAGGCAUUAGAACUUAAAUUUUAAUAUUGGACUUAAUGUAUAAGCAAAAUCGCUGAGGCCUAAUUAUGUAUAAAUAUAAUGAUCAAGAUUAAAUAUAGAUUAGGAAUUUAUUCAGCUUUGAUUAUACCGCAAGCCCAGCGAUCUCCAGAAUUUCCAGUAGACGCAGAAAGAGGACUGCUGCCUUUUCCAAGAUCAUCUUCGCCGGAAUGAACGACAAUUGCACGUCCUAUGAUAUUGUUAUUUCCAGUAAAAGAAAUAAUAGAAUCUUUGAUAUUUACAUCGGCAACUCCGCUUUCGUUUGCUAAUAUGUUACCUAAAUCGCCAACAUGUCUCACUGGACUAUUUUGUCCACCGUGAGUGAC